GAUUGUCGUCUUCGUUUGCAUGUUCAAUUUGCUUCAAAAAGCUCACAGAUUUCAUCACACGGUGUCGUUUUUCUCUGGCAUCAACGAUCAGUGUUCUUCUCUUAAGAGCCCCUCAAAUUCUUUGAAAUUAGUACACGCGCAGUUGGUAAAAAUUGGCUUGAAUUUCUCAAAUGUAUACCUGGGCAAUCGAUGUGUCGAUCUCUAUUUCAAGUCGGGAUCACCGAAAGAUGCUGUGAAGGUGUUUGAUGAUAUGUCCAGCAAAAAUAUCUUUUCUUGGAACUUAUACUUGAAAGUCUUGGUGAAAUGUUCCGACAUGGCGACGGCGCGUAGGGUGUUCGACGAAAUGCCUGAACGAGAUGCUGUGAGUUGGAAUACGGUCAUAUCUGGGGAUCAUGCUAAGGAGAUGCACUGUCGCAUUGUGAAGAAAGAUGGGUGUUAUUCUAACUUGGUGGUGGGGAAUUCAUUGAUUGAUAUGUAUGGGAAGCUUGGCCUUGUCGAUUAUUCUCUUGCUGUGUUUUUGAGUAUGGAGAGAGUGGAUGUGAUUUCAUGGAAUGCUAUGAUUUCUGGUUGCUGUACAUCGGGUUAUGAGCGUUUUGCUUUUCAUCAGUUCUGGGUGAUGAGAAGUAGUGGUUUCGAAGUAGACGAAUAUACGGUCUCUGCGGUGCUUACUGCUUGUUCCAACUUGCGGAAUUUGGAGAAGGGUAAGCAGAUGUUUUGUUUUUCUACUAAGAUGGGAUUUCAUGGGAAUGCGGUUGUUUGUAGUGCAGCUAUUGAUCUGUUCUCAAAAUGCAACAGACUGGGAAGCGCGUUGCGUGUUUUUAAGGAGUCACAUAUGUUCGAUUCAGCUGUGUACAAUGCUAUGAUCGCGUGCCAUGCUAGUCACAAUAUGGAGGAGAAUGCUUUUGAUCUUUUUGUUUAUUCUUUGAGGGAAAGUAUUAGGCUAACAGAGUUCACACUCAGCUCUGUUCUUCACUCUGCUGCUGUGUUUGUUCCAGUGGAGCAAGGUAGUCUGCUUCAUUCGCUCGUGAUCAAAACAGGGUUUGAAACGGAGGCAAUAGUGGCGAGUUCACUUGUGCAAAUGUAUAAUAAAUAUGGGUUAGUUGAGUAUGCCUUGAAAAUUUUCUCGAAAAUGGCUUCUAGAGAUUUGAUAGUAUGGAAUACUAUGAUACUGGGAUUGGCUGAUAAUGGAAAACUAUUCGAAUCUAUUGAACUUUUUGAGAAACUUCUUGAAAGUGGUUUACAUCCUGAUCAGAUUACAUAUUCUGCGGUUCUUUCAGCUUGCAGUUAUGGUGGAUUGCUCGAGGAAGGCAUGGCUGUCUUCUCCUCCAUGCCGCAGCAGCAGCGGGGAGUAGUUCCGACGAAUGAGCAUUAUAAUUGUGUAGUGAAUAUGAUGAUCCGAUCUGGCUUGAUUAACGAAGCAAUUUAUUUCUUGUACUUGUUGCAAUGGGAACCUGAUUCUCGUAUAUGGGAAUCCCUACUCCUUGCUUGUGGGGAUUAUGAAAAUCUAGAGCUGAUGGAAACCAUUGCAGACAGAUUGAUGGAGUUGGAACCUCACUCGCCUCUUCCUUACUUGAGUUAUUUGGCUAACACUUACGAGAAACGAGGUAGAUGGGAAAGCGUUGUUCGACUGAGGAGGAAGAUGGAAAAGGUGACCAGAAAGGAAGUAGCUGACAUCAGUUGGAUUGGUAUAAAAGGCCAUACAUAUUCAUUUGAGGCGAACCCAACGUUUCAUCAUGGUAGGGAGAAUGUUUGUUCGAUUUUGGGAUUUUUAAAGCAGGAUAUGUCGACUGGAGAUGAUAACGUGUUCAUCAACUGAUGAGAGAUCGCGUUUGAGAGGAAUGAUCGGAUGGAAAGAAGAGAUAGUGCUCUACUACUCUGCUAUUUUGAUUCCGCAUCUCCCUUGUCAAUAUCAUAGGUAUCCUCUGAUGAUUCCGACCAAUCAUCAGUAAAUAAAGUUUAUUGCAGGCAGACAACAUGUAUCUUUCUGGCUGGGAUUAUCGACUUGCUAGACGAAGAGAAGGAAACCAAGGUUAGCCAAAAUACGAAACAAUAUCUCAAAAUUCACUGUUUUGGUGCAGGGUGGAAACAUUAUUCGACUGACAGAGAGGUUUGAGAACCCUUCUGAUGUCUAUGUUUAUUGGUCAGCUUAUCUCCACGAGCGACGUAGAUCAGCUGGAUUUCGUUCAUGUGCAAAGACAGAUACACUUCCACAGAGACGAGGAGAGAGUACUAAGUAUUUCAACAAGAAAUAUCUGUUUUUUUUCUGCUGAAUUGUUGAACAUAGUUUACUCCAAGUUCAUGCUAGAAUGAUCAUUUUCUUGUAAAUGUACAGUCGUUUGUCUGAUUCAUUGUUAUUUUGUUGUUUAUGUUUAUCUGUAA